AUGCAACAACUGUUGAAACUAUUGGACGAUAAUAGUUAUGUGUCCCGAUACCGAACUUGCGACGAUGGAUUUACAAUUAGAGAUAUUUUUUGGACUCAUCCUAAUUCGAUAAAGUUGUUCAAUACGUUUCCAACAACGCUCAUACUUGAUUCAACCUACAAGACCAACAAGUAUAGACUUCUAUUAUUUGAGAUUGUUGGUGUUACCUCAACUGAGAAGACAUAUUCUGUUGGUUUUACAUUUCUAGAGUGUGAAAAAAAGGAGAAUUUUAGUUGGGCAUUAGAGGUGUGUUGGUCAUUUUUGAAGGAUCAAGGUAAGAUGCCUAAAGCUAUUGUUACCGACCGCGAUACCGCAUUGACGUAUGCAGUUGCAAAGGUAUUUCCUUCUUCUUAUGAAUUACUUUUUAAGUAUCGCAUAACAAAGAAUGUGAGAAGUUGGGUUAAAUCCACGGUAGAGACGAAACAAGUAGAGUCCGAAGGUGAAAAAUUGGUGAAGUCGGGUGUGAUUGUGGAAAAAAUAAUGGAUGCAUGGAAUCGUAUAAUAAAUUCUUCUCCAUAA